CCAAACAGUAUCAUCUUGGAACAAGAUUAUUUAAUGUUGCGAUAUGUGACGCUGAAGUCAAAAAUAGAUGUUGGCAAAUGACGUCAACACUCCAGGUGGCUCCGUUUUUGAAUAAGUUCAGUCAAGCGUUCUAUAACAGCCGUUAUCAAUAUAAACCAUAUAUGUUUGAUUGCUACCCUUCCAAGUUACUGGUCAAUGAAAUGGCUUCUGGUAGACUGUUGGUUUUAACUCUUGUUUUCAUGACGGUUGUAAAAGCAAAAGAGCAAUUAUAUGCCGUCAGACUCCAAGGACCAAAAAACGACCAAGGAACAGGACGAGUAGAAAUAUUUUACAGUGGACAAUGGGGAACAAUUUGUGAUUACCGCUGGGAUUUAAAAGAUGCUGAGGUCGUUUGUCGUCAACUUGGUUAUGGAAGUGCGUACAAAGCUUUACAUGGAAGUUUAGUUCCUGAUGGUAAAGGAAAGAUAUGGUUAGAUGAUGUUAGGUGCAAUGGAAAUGAACAAAAUCUUUCAGGUUGUUCUCAUCGUGGAUGGGGAAGACACUAUUGUAGACAUUAUAAAGAUGCAGGUGUAGAAUGCUCUCAAGAUGUCCCAAGAUUGUCAAUCAGACUUCAGGGAUCAACAAGCUCCAAUGCCACAGGUCGUGUAGAAAUAUUUUACAAAGGAGAAUGGGGAACAGUAUGUGAUGAUGACUGGGAUAUAAACGAUGCUAAGGUUGUAUGUCGUCAAUUUGGUUAUAAAACAGCUCUGGCAGCUCUUGAAGGAAAUGUUGUUCCUAGUGGUAAUGGAACGAUAUGGUUAGAUGAUGUUAAGUGUACAGGAAAAGAAUUUUAUCUUUCAAGUUGUUCACACAGAUACUUGGGAGGACAUAACUGUGAUCACUCAGAAGACGCCGGUGUAAAAUGUUAUGAAGACGUUGAUGAAUGUUCUCUUUCUACUGAUGAUUGUCAUGAAAAUGCAAGUUGUUUCAACACAGAUGGAUCAUUUUUAUGCAAAUGUAACUUUGGCUUUUUUGGAGAUGGAAAAUUUUGUUCAGAAAGAACUGUUGCAAUUCGUGGACCAAAAAGUGAAAAUGGUACUGGUCGUGUAGAGGUUUUUCACAAUGGAGAAUGGGGAACUGUUUGUGAUGACAGCUGGGAUUUAAAAGAUGCUGAUGUUGUUUGUCGUCAACUUGGUUAUAAAUAUACCAGCAAAGCUUUACAUAGAAGUUUUGUUCCUGAUGGUAAAGGAAAGAUAUGGUUAGAUGAUGUUAGAUGCAAUGGAAAUGAACAAAGUCUUUUAAGUUGUUCACAUAACGGAUGGGGAAGACACAAUUGUCGACAUUAUGAAGAUGCAGGUGUAGAAUGUUCUGAAGAUUUAGAUGAAUGUUCCCGAAAUUUACACAACUGCAGUAUCCAUGGCCAGUGUGUAAACACGUCUGGAGGUCAUAGAUGCUUGUGUAAAUCUGGUUAUACAGGAAAUGGAGCUAUUUGUAAUGACGUAGAUGAAUGUUCUCUUUCUACUGAUAACUGUCAUAAAUACGCAACUUGUAAAAAUACCUAUGGAUCAUAUUCAUGCAAAUGUAACUGGGGUUAUUUUGGAAAUGGAACGUAUUGUUCAGACGAACCUUUACCUGUCAGACUACAAGGACCUAAGAGUUCCAAUGGUACUGGUCUAUUAGAAAUAUUUUAUGAAGGAGAAUGGGGUACAAUAUGCGAUGAUCAUUGGGAUUGGCAAAAUUCAAAGGUAGUAUGUCGUCAACUUGGUUAUAAAGUUGGUGUUAGAUUGCGGAACGAACGUAGUUUUCGUAAAGGAACAGGAAAAAUAUGGUUAGAUGAUGUUUCAUGUGUUGGCAAUGAAACAAGUCUUUCAAAGUGUUCACAUCGUGGUUGGGGUAAACAUAACUGUAGGCACCGUGAAGAUGUUGGUGUGGCAUGUUUAAAUGACUUUGAUGAAUGCUACCUGGAAUUGCACAAUUGUAGUAGAAACGCUUUAUGUACAAAUACAGAAGAAGGUUUUACAUGCAUGUGUAGAUCUGGUUACACUGGAAAUGGAUUUCUUUGCACAGACAUCAAUGAAUGUUCUCUUGCGGUGGAUGACUGUCAUCAAAAUUCAGUCUGUAGCAACACUGAUGGUUCAUAUUUAUGUAAUUGCAAUGAUGGUUAUGUUCGAAAUGGAACUUUUUGUUUAAGGCAUCCACAAACUGUAAGGCUUCAAGGACCAAAGGCUAUUCAUGGUACUGGUCAUGUUGAAGUGUUACAUAAUGGAGAAUGGGGAACAAUUUGUGAUAGGAACUGGGAUUUGAAAGACGCUGAGGUUGUAUGUCGUCAACUUGGUUACGUAAGUGCAUACAAGGCUUUAAGAAGGCAAUUUGUUCCCAACGGUAGAAGAACAACUUGGUUAGAUAAUGUUUAUUGUAAUGGCAAGGAAUCAAAUAUUUCAAGUUGCUCAUUUAAAGGAUGGAAAGUCAGCUCUUGUAGUUCCCGCAGGAAUGCUGGGGUUGAAUGUUCUAAAGACCAACCUCCUUUGAUCAGACUUAAAGGACCAAGAAGUACAAAUGGAUGUGGUCGUGUGGAAAUAUUUUAUGAUGGAAAAUGGGGAACAGUUUGUGAUGAUUACUGGGAUUUAAAUGAUGCUAUUGUUGCAUGUCGUCAACUUGGUUAUCAGUAUGCAUCUAAGGCUCUAAAAGGAAAUGAUAUAGCUAACGGUAAUGGAACAAUAUGGUUGGAUGAUGUUGAUUGUACUGGAAAGGAGAUGUAUCUUUCAAGUUGCACACAUAGAAAAUGGGGAAUACAUAAUUGUAAACAUUCUGAAGAUGCUGGUGUUGAAUGUACCAAAGUUUUGAAUGAAUGCUCUAAAUCGUUACACAAUUGCCACUACAAAGCUCGAUGUAUUGAUACAUUGGAAAGUUUUAAGUGUGAGUGUCGUUCUGGUUUUACAGGAAAUGGAGUGAAUUGUUAUGAUGUCAAUGAAUGUUCACUUUCUACUGAGAACUGUCAUGAAAAUGCAACGUGUUACAAUACACCGGGAUCAUAUUCAUGUAGAUGUAAAUCUGGAUAUUUUGGAAAUGGAACAUAUUGCACAGACAAACGUCCUCCUAUCAGACUUCAGGGAGCAAGAAGUUUGAAUGGAACUGGUCGUGUGGAAGUAUUUUAUAGUGGAGAGUGGGGAACAAUUUGUGAUGAUGGCUGGGGUUUAAGUGAGGCAAAAGUUGUUUGUCGUCAGCUUGGUUAUAGAAAAGCUAAGAGGGCUCUACAAGGAGGAUCAGUUCCUGUUGGUCGUGGAAAAAUAUGGCUUGAUGAAGUUCGUUGCUUUGGUCAUGAAAAGUAUAUUUCAAGUUGUUCACAUAACAAAUGGGGAAGACAUAAUUGUGGACAUUCUGAAGAUGCUGGUGUUGAAUGUGCUGAUGUUUUAGAUGAAUGUUCUUUAUCACGACACAAUUGCCACUAUAAAGCUCAUUGUAUUGACACCAAGGAAAGUUUUAAGUGUGAGUGUCGUUCUGGUUACACAGGAAAUGGAUGGAAUUGUUAUGAUAUCAAUGAAUGUUCACUUUCUACUGAUAACUGUCAUGAAAAUGCAACGUGUCAAAAUACACAGGGAUCUUAUUCAUGUACAUGUAAAUCUGGAUAUUUUGGAAAUAGAACAAUUUGCACAGACAAACGUCCUCCUAUCAGACUUCAGGGACCAAGAAGUUUAAAUGGAACUGGUCGUGUCGAAAUAUUUUAUGAUGGAGAAUGGGGAACAAUUUGUGAUGAUGGCUGGGGUUUAAGUGAUGCAAAAGUUGUUUGUCGUCAGCUUGGUUAUAGAAAAGCUAAGAGGGCUCUACAAGGAGGAUCAGUUCCUGAUGGUCGUGGAAAAAUAUGGCUUGAUGAAGUUCGUUGCAUUGGUCAUGAAAAGUAUAUUUCAGAUUGUUCCCAUAACAAAUGGGGAAGACAUAAUUGUGGACAUUCUGAAGAUGCUGGUGUGGAAUGCUCAAAUGAAUUCGAUGAAUGUACUGCAAACGUGCACAGCUGUAGCAUUAAUGCAGAAUGUGUCGACACUGUACAAAGUUUUGAAUGUAUUUGUAACCCAGGCUUUACAGGAAAUGGGAAAUAUUGCGAUGACAUCGAUGAAUGUUCUCUUUCUACUGAUAACUGCCACCGAAACGCAACUUGUGUCAAUAAAAAAGGAUCAUUUUCUUGCAACUGCAACUUUGGUUAUUUUGGGAAUGGAACCAUAUGUUCAGGCCAAGUACCUCCUCUAAGAUUGGAAGGACCAAAAAGUAAAAUUGGUACUGGCCGUGUCGAAAUUUUUUAUAUGGAAGAAUGGGGAACGGUAUGCGAUGAUGACUGGGAUUUAAAAGAUGCUGAAGUUGUUUGUCGUCAACUUGGUUAUGAUUAUGCAGUGAAAGUUCUACGAGGAAGUCAGACACCAAAUGGUCAUGGAAAGAUAUGGUUGGAUGAUGUUAAAUGUACUGGUAGUGAACCAAAUUUAGCAAGUUGUGUAAAUAACAAAUGGGGAUGUCAUAAUUGUGAACAUCAUGAAGAUGCUGGGGUGGAAUGCUCUAAAGAUUUGGAUGAAUGUUCUCUUCAGUUGCACAACUGCAGCAGUAAUAGUCAAUGUAUAAACACAAUGGGAAGUUUUUUAUGUAUUUGUAAAUCUGGAUAUACAGGAACAAAUUGCACAGACAUUAACGAAUGUUCUCUGUCUAUUGAUAACUGUCAUGAAAAAGCAACUUGUAUGAACACAGAAGGAUCAUUUUUAUGCAAAUGUAAACCAGGCUAUCAAAGAGAUGGAACGUCCUGUUCAGAUUUGGAUGAAUGUUCUCUUCAGUUGCACAACUGCAGUAGUAAUAGUCAAUGUAUAAACACAAUGGGAAGUUUUUCAUGUAUUUGUAAAUCUGGAUAUACAGGAGUCAAUUGCACAGACGUCAAUGAAUGUUCUCUAUCUACUGAUAAUUGUCAUGAAAAGGCAACUUGUAUCAACAUGAAGGGAUCAUUUUUCUGCAAAUGUUUACCUGGUUAUUCUGGAGAUGGAACUUUUUGUUCUGAAAUUGAUAAAUGUACAAAGACCGUUCACAACUGCAGUAUCAAUGCUAAAUGUGUCGACACUGUUCAAAGUUUUAAAUGCAUUUGUAACUCUGGUUUCACGGGAAACGGGAAAUAUUGCGAUGACAUCGAUGAAUGUUCUCUUUCUACUGAUAACUGCCACCAAAACGCAACUUGUAUCAAUAAAAAAGGAUCAUUUUCUUGCAAAUGCAACUUUGGUUAUUUUGGAAAUGGAGUCAUAUGUUCAGACCAAGUACCUCCUCUAAGAUUGGAAGGACCAAAAAGUAAAAAUGGUACUGGCCGUGUUGAAAUUUUUUAUAUGGAAGAAUGGGGAACAGUAUGCGACGAUGACUGGGAUUUAAAAGAUGCUGAAGUUGUUUGUCGUCAACUUGGUUAUGAUUAUGCAGUGAAAGCUCUACCAGGAAGUCAUACACCACAUGGUCAUGGAAAGAUAUGGUUGGAUGAUGUUAAAUGUACUGGUAGUGAACCAAAUUUAGCAAGUUGUGUAAAAAACGAAUGGGGAAAUCAUAAUUGUGAACAUCAUGAAGAUGCUGGGGUGGAAUGCUCUAAAGAUUUGGAUGAAUGUUCUCUUCAGUUGCACAACUGCAGCAGUAAUAGUCAAUGUAUAAACACGAUGGGAAGUUUUUUAUGUAUUUGUAAAUCUGGAUAUACAGGAACAAAUUGCACAGACAUUAACGAAUGUUCUCUGUCUAUUGAUAACUGUCAUGAAAAAGCAACUUGUAUUAACACAGAAGCAUCAUUUUUAUGCAAAUGUAAACAUGGUUAUCUAGGAGAUGGAACGUUGUGCUCAGAGAAAAAUGACAAAAAGUACAUGCUUGAGAUUCGGUUGACAAAUCACAAGUUUUCUGAAAGUUUAUUGAAUUCAUCUUCCAACGACUACAAUAACUUGAAGAAUGAAAUAGAAAGAGAGCUCGACCAUAUAUUCAAAUCGUCUGAUAAAAGUUUUUGGUACAUUGAUGCAAGAGUUCUUGGAUUUCAGAAAGGAAGUACAAUUGUAUCUUUUGUCAUAUCCUUGAAACGUCAAUUUAAUCUUGAUCCUCGUGAACUUGUAAAACAAAUAAACAAAGUUGACACAAUUGCUGGAUACAGUUUUGACAAGACUUGCACAAGAUUGAGAGCCGUUGAUGUUGAGGCGGAAAUCAAACUUUCAAAUAAAACCUUAGACAAAGAUGUAAAGAAUAAAUUUUCAUCGGCUUAUCAGAAAUUGAAAGAAAAUGUUAAUAUACAGCUUUACAGAUUUUUCAACAACACACCUGGAUUUAAUGAUGUGGAUAUUUUAGAAUUCAAUGAAAAUGAUGGUAUCACAGUGAAUUUUGCAGUCAUUUUCUUUAAAACACCUAAUGAGACAAUAGAUGUUAUUGCAUUAAACGUUGGUCGUAAGAUUAUCAAACAGUUAAAAACUGGUCACAUUGGCGAUGUCAAGUUCGACACAGAAUUUCUAAGAUUAAAAGUUCCACCUCCUCCUCCGAGGAAUGUAAGACCUUCUCAAGUAAAAGAGACUUUCAUAUAUCUGGAGUGGGAACAGCCAGAUCUCUAUCAAUAUUUUUCCAUUCGUUCAUACUACAUCAAGUAUCGUAAAAGUGGUAAAAAUACAUGGCUCAACAAAUCUUACAGCGCUGAUCUUGCAACGAAAAUGCAACUGAAUAAUUUAGAGAGCAAUGUGAUCUACGUAAUUAAGGUGGUUGCUAAGAAUGAUUACAGUUUUGGAAAAGAAAGUGAAGAAAUAGAAGUAAAAACUUUAAAAGAACAAGGAAUGUCACAGUGGUAUUAUCUUGCUCCAAUUAUUGUCGUUGCCUCUUUAAUUGCUUUAAUCGUCAUUAUAUAUUUGGCAAAAUGUACGAUUUGGAAAACAAGUUGGCAUCAUAAAUUUAGCAAUGAAGAAAAAAAAUUUUUUGAACUCACUGAAGUGCCAGAAACAAAUAAAUCGUUGAGUUCAAGCGACACAAAUAUGAAGACGCCUUUAACUGCUAACGUUUGAUGAUUUUUUUACGUUUUUGUUAAGUUUAACUAUCUUUUUGUGUCAGAAUGAUAUGAUGAAAACGGUCGACAUGCUUACGUUGUGAUUGUUGGAAAUUAUCUUUGUUUUUCUUUAUUAUUUUUGUGGAAUUUAUCAAUUUAUUUUGUUAAUUUACUGCAACCAAAAUUUCUUAUCUAGUUGAGUUAUUUCAUUCAGUUCCUCUUAAUAAAAUUAGUAUGAGUAUGGUGAACAAAUAAA